AAGUUGUUACAAUCGCAAUGUCAAACGUCACGUGCAUAGGAAAUCCCGAAGAAAAAUAUGUCGCAACAAUUGAUAAAAUCCGUGAUACCAUUCGCAAAUUGGAAGCAAGUUUGAAAUGCUCACGGGAAUUGGAAGCUGCUCGGUUUCUGCGUUAUUCUACUCUAAAAUCUCGCGAGAAAAUUUUGACGGAUGACUUAAAAAAAGCGAAAAUACGGGAUGAACAUAUGUUGAGUGAGCAGAGUAAAAUCAAUUUGAGUCUUACUCAUUUUGCUGGUAAUCUAGUCGAGAGAUCGCAUUUUUCAGAUUUAUUUCGUCAAAGUGUCACGGACAUUCAACUCGAUUCUGUAAACAUAUUACCGGAGACUUUAAAGAGACGAGUACAGAGAACGUGGCAUCAAAAGUAAUCUUUUUUUCACUAUUUUGAUAUUUCUAUAGACUGAUGAACUGCUACAACACAUUGCGUUUUAGAUAUGAUGCUUUGUUAUCGCAAAAUAAACGGUUGAGGAAGAAAAUUGUCGCGAUGGAUUGCACGUUGAAAGAAAAGCAAAAAGAGGUGCGUUUAGGAUUACAAUUAUAUUUCAAAGUUGCGAAAUACAUUUCGUACUUUGUAAAUAAUUUAAGAUUAUAAGAUAUAUCUUUAAUAUUUUAUCAAUAUUUUAAUCUUCAAUAUUUUACUCUGAGACACUUUUCAAGAAAUGAUCCAAAAUGUUACGUUUAUGUUAUAGAUUAGUACUUUACAACAGAGAUUGCUUAAUAUUGCGGAGAAUGUCGUGACUCCUGAAGAAAAUACAGAAAAGAUUUGCAGAAAAUGCUGGAUUCUAA